UGCGAGGAGUUGCUUGCUUCUCUCAACAAGAAGUUCCCCACCAAAAAUCUGGGAGGAUGCGAAUGGUUUGACGGGUGUGCCAUCGCGAGAGAUGUAGAGGCUGCGACUCUUGAAAUCUCGCAAACCGCGUAGAUCGACAGCAUGAUGAAACUCUUUGAUGUGCAAUCGACCUCCCGCAUCCCUGCUUCUCCUGGUGUCGACCNCAUCGACAGCAUGGUGAAACACUUUGAUGUGCAAUCGACCUCCCGCAUCCCUGCUUCUCCUGGUGUCGACCUAGGACCGAAGCGAGAUGACGAGAAGGGAGGGGAGUGGCCGGUGAGGGACGCCAUAGGCAGCAUGAUGUGGGUGUCGACUUUCUCGCGUCCAGACGUCUCGUUCGCCGUGCGUGCGGUGGCGCGCCACGCCCACGCCCCGGCGAAGAUGCACUGGGAUGCCAUCCAGAAGAUCCUCGGCUACUUAAAGGAGACGAGGGACCUCGGCAUCACCUACCAACGGGGAUCGGGGUUAGGGCUAGCCGUGUACGUAGACGCUAG